AUGGCCAUAAAGAGCGAGGAUGAGGAGUACAACCCGCUGCUCGCCAAUUGGGACCGCGAGGUGUAUAAUGAGUAUCAGAGAAGGACAGCCACCGGAGAUGUGGUAUCUGAAACAAGAGGGUAUCAUGUUGAUAGCCUGUUCGCAAGCAGCUUCGAUGGGUCCUUUGAUGCGAUGUGGGCGAGACAGUCGGAUGACAGUACCCUGAGCUUGCUAUCAACAUUGGAGAAAGGUGCAGUUGCAUAUGAAAAGGAGAUCAGCCAUCGGCAUGUCGCAACCAAACUACUCAACAGGGGCAGAACCAAGAACAGCAGCUGUGCUCAAGCCCUACGUAUACCUGAUCGCGGCAAGCCUGGGACGAACAGACUCAGCAGAUCUGAUGUCAGUCCUACAGCUUACGAGGCGAUCGGCUUACGCCUAUAUGUCCCUAGCAGCAUGAAUCCUAUCUGGCAGGAGCUUGCAAAGUGCAAAGAGCUUCGCGCAAGGAUCAGGGAGCAUCCCGGCUAG